GCGAAUAUGGCGGGGCUAAUCGCGUACGAGUCACGAAAGUUAUACCCGCCCGAGCAAAACUAUCCGAUACACGACAAGGAGAUGCUCGCGAUUGUGUACGUCUUAAAAGUGUGGCAGUGCUAUAUGACAGGCACAAACGUGAUAGUGCGGAUAGGCCAUCGCAGCCUACAGUACAUCCAUGCACAGCCACUGCUCAACCCAUACAGAUUCGAUGGGCAGAUUCUUUACAUCUUGCAGCCGAUCCCGCAACCUGAGUGUGCAUGGCAGCAGGUGUCGAUGGACUUCGUCAUGGGACUGCCUAACAAAUUCGGUUGUAACGACGCGAUAUUUGUUGUCGUCGAUAAGCUCACAAAGAUGGCUCACGUUGUUGCCUACAAGAAAAGCAUCUCAGUCGAUGAAACAGCCCGCCUUUUCAUCUCAACUUCCGUUCUUCUCCACGGAAUUCCAUCCGCCAUCAUGUCGGAUCUUGAUACAAAAUUCACUAGCAACUUCUGGCGCAACCUCUGGGACCAGUUUGGCACACUUUUGCAAUUCUCCUCCGCCUACCACCCCGAGACUAUCGGACAGACCGAACAGGCCAAUCAGACAAUGGAGUAGCUGAUUCGUGCCACCUGUGAUG